CCGCGGGACGCUCGGCGUCGGGACAACGGUCUGCCAUCCGCGAACGACGCCGUCUACCUCGACACGGGAACGUUCGCGUCGGGCCAACCUCGAUCCCUCGUCUAGACGCCGACUUCGAGAUGUCAUCCGUCGUUGUUGGACACCACGGCCACCCUGACGCGUUCAGAGUCCUUCGGAAGGUCUGAGUUUCGGAGUUGAUCCUUGAAACGACGCCAGUCGGGCCAUGGAACAGUUUUCGCGCGCCAGAUCGGGCCGCGAAACUUACAAUUAGUGAGACUCUCGAGGAACAGGCUCGUGGAAUGCUUCCUGCUUCAGAGUUUGUGCGAGAAAAGAGUACCAAGGUGACUUUGGACAAUUUGGACUAUUGGUGUGCGCGAGUGUUACGCGAGUGAUCUUCUUGGAGCUUCGUCAGUUGAUUGUCUUGUUUUUACGAGGAAUGCUUAUCGACGCACCAUGAACGGAGCAACGUCGAUUGCAUCCUCGGAGGAACACCAACAUCAACAUCAACAACAGCAGAACGAAACACAAUCGGAACACCCAAGGAGUCCUACUAGCCCUCUAAGUAUUCGACAUGACUCGGGAGAGAGCAGCGUAAUCUCCCCAGGCUUACCAGAACGCUACAGUCCCUUAGGAGCGACAGGAUCGACCUCGAGUCACGAUCCUUACGCCUCGAGGUCGGUUCAAGAGUGUCCAGUGCCUCUUUGCAGAGGGAUACCAACGGAUUUCCCGCUCGCGAGGUCACCGUACUUAACUGCGCUCGGAAACGGCCACCCACAUUUGCUGGGACAAGUCCAGCAGCAACAGCACCAGCACCAGCACCAGCACCAGCACCAGCAGCAACAACAGCAACAGCAACAGCAACAGCAACAGCAGCCGCAACAUGGCAGCAAACCACCGCGCAGCCUCGGUUUGAUAUGCGUGGUUUGCGGUGACACCAGCUCUGGGAAACACUAUGGAAUCCUGGCCUGCAACGGAUGCAGCGGCUUCUUCAAACGAAGCGUCAGACGAAAGUUGAUAUACAGAUGUCAAGCCGGUACUGGAAGAUGCGUCGUAGACAAAGCUCACCGAAAUCAGUGUCAGGCCUGUCGUUUGAAGAAAUGUAUGCAGAUGGGAAUGAAUAAGGACGAACAUGUCUUUUCCACUUCAUGGAUACCAUACGCCGUGCAGAAUGAACGGCAACCCAGGAACACUGCCACCAUCAGACCAGAGGCUCUCGUCGAGAUGGACCAGGAACGCGCGCUUCGGGAAGCUGCAGUGGCUGUCGGUGUUUUUGGGCCACCUGUGUCGUUGGCUAUGGCGAGAUACACGACACCAUUGCCUUUACCCACCGUUGCACCGACAACAAAUUCAGCCAACCCUCCGACACCGCCUCGACAGGACAACGAGGAUGGAAACGCAUCCGAGGACAGCAUAGACGUGACUAACGAGGAACCAUUGACGCCUCAAAGAAGCGGUUGCACGCAACUUCCGCCUGUGAUUCCGUCGUUGUAUUCGCCAGCUAGCGCUGAAACGGUCUACGAAACUAGCGCGAGGCUUCUCUUUAUGGCCGUUAAAUGGGCGAAAAAUCUUCCGUCUUUCGCGAGUUUGCCCUUCAGAGAUCAGGUAAUACUGCUCGAAGAAGCUUGGUCCGAGCUUUUCCUUUUGAACGCUGUGCAGUGGUGCUUGCCACUCGAAUCCUCGGCCCUUUUCAAUUCCGCGGAAUUGACUGCUUUGACUCUGUCACCUCACCCGCAUCCACAUCCACAUUCUGGAAUCCACAUGCAGACAACGACGGGUAAACCGAGUCAGGUGGCAGCGGAUGUCAGGCAUUUGCACGAUACCCUACAGAGAUACAAGGCCAUCAUGGUAGAUCCUGCGGAGUUCGCCUGCAUGAAAGCCAUUGUCUUGUUCCGACCAGAAACUCGUGGCUUGAAAGAUUCCAGCCAAAUAGAGAAUUUGCAAGAUCAGGCACAGGUGAUGUUAGGCCAGCACGCCAGAGCCCAGCAACCAGCCAGUCCAGCUCGAUUCGGCAGGCUGUUGCUGUUGCUGCCGUUACUUAGGACGGUGCCAGCGUCGAGGGUGGAGUUGAUAUACUUUCACAGAACGAUCGGCAACACUCCGAUGGAGAAAGUUUUGUGCGAUAUGUACAAAAAUUAAGAAACACUUUUGCACCACGGGGGACCACCGAGGAAGAAAUCAGUUUUCGGAAAUCGGCGUUUGUACAGUGGCACAUCGCGAAUUAUACGAAUUAAGUGAAACGUCGCUGCAAGUUCGCGCGUUCAUUCUGUGAUGCGUUUAACUCGAAUAUGAACGAAACUGAUUAUAUCAGUGUUUCUCAAACUGGUGUCUGUGAACUCUGGUAUGUAGAGUGAAAAACUGAUCCUUUUCAUACCUUAGCCUUAUUAAAAACAUUUGUUUAGUAGUAAAUGAAAUUGAAGAAGAAAUUGAGAUUCAAAAACACAUUAAUUUUGAAAUAGUUAUUAAUAAAUCACCAAACGAUCCAUUUUGCAAUCUAUUUCACAGUUACUUUUGUACAUUGCUCCAGCGAACCAACGUAUAUCAAUUUCAAAUUAAAAACAGUGAACUUACGUAAAUUGUGGAUAAAUUUUUUAAAUAUGAAUUCUUUCUUUAAAAACAGUUAUAAAAUAUAUUAAAGAAAUAAAAAAUAAUGAAUAAGUUCAACUCUACUCUAGAGAGUCUAGCAACUGUUUGACAAAGUUCGAGGAACACUGACAAUGAGUGAACAAGUCGUAUCGCUCGAUUAAAUGACAUUCCUUUGUCACACUGUCCCUCAACAUACAUAUUGUGUACAAAAGAAUAAGAAAGACUUGGCUUAGCAAAGACAGUUAUACUAACUCGAGUGCAACGUAGGCAUGGAAUUACUCUCAGGAGACCAGCGUACUAACGAAAGAUAAGGAAACGAAUAAAAAAUUAUUGUGCAGGAGUAAUUAAUUCGAGGAGGAUCGAUCGAGGUAGCGAGUAUGGUUUGGCCUAAGGAUGAAGCCCCAAGCAUGACCCUUUGAUGAAUUUACGAUCCCGUCUGGUGAUUUCUUUUUGCCGCUAGAUUGGGAUCGGCUAACGAUAUGGAAACUUCGAGAAAAGGUAAACGAAACGAUAUCUACAGUAUUUAGUUAACAAUUCAACGGUAUCUAAACUGAAUGGGAGAUACUCGGUUGCAACGUAAGGAUAUAGAUUAUAUAUAUAUAUAUAUAUAUACAUACACACACAUUUAUUUAUUAUACAAAUGUUUAUCGAACAUUAGGUUCGACGUGUUGACCAAGUCGUUUUGUUUCUCGGUUUCAAGUGUUCUCGAAACGAUUUGUACGAAGAUCCGACAAAAUUUUGUUUCAGAAUACGAGGAAAGUGAAUGGGGAUUGCUUUAAAUUUGUUUUCUUCGUUCAUUUUCGUACUUGUUGGUGAUCUCAAAUGAUCUGAAAUAAGGUUUUCGAUGUGCGAGUAAUUGCUAUGAGUUUUACGACAGCUGUAAAGAAAGAAUACUCGUCUGUGCUUUUCUUGUAUAUUUCGUGUUGUGAUACUAUUCGCUGUAAAAGUCUAGGUACUUAUUACGUAACUACUUGUAAUAAAAGUAUACAUA